AUGGAUCCACCAACGGACGAAGUUAUGUCGUUAGAUAUCGACCUUGCUCAAGUUGAAUCAAAUGAAGAAGUUGUUGUUACAACAUCUGAACUUAUAGGUCCAUUUUCAACUCGUAAAUACAGACUGAAAUCAGGUCAGAGUUUCUCAAUUGGAUCAAUGAAAGGCCCAAACUUUUGGCAUGUGACCGAAACUCUUGAUACAAAAAAUCUGGUAUCCGUUUCAUAUGUAUAUUUUGAUGGUGACGGGAAAGCCUUAAUACUCAUUUUAGAAUAUGCGAAUGGGACUAAACUCUAUUACAAUCGAUUUAGUAGAUAUAGUAGUAGAUGGGAACAGAUUAGUGACAUGACGGGGGAUGUGGAUCCAGAAAAGAUUAUGUUACCUAAACUUAAGGAAAUAUUUCGGAGCUUUUUCAGCUCUAAAGUUAAAAUAAGCGAAAAAAUCCUUCUAAGGAAAUCUUACACAUUCCGUCACGUAACAUUCUUGAUAUCAGAAAUACUUGAUUACUGUGAAGGGUAUGAUAGUUAUUGUUUCGAACCGGACACUGCACACUCUGUUUCAACAAUCUCACUUGAUAACACCAAAUUAAAAUUCCCCAAUGAUUUAUCUUUUGUAAAAAUAUUAUGUUUUUAUUACGCAAAUGAUGACCUUACCACUCCGUUACUAUUAGAAACGUUGGACUACAAAUUUGGGGGUGAAACACCUCUGUAUAACUAUUAUAAGCCAGAGCACAUGUACAGUAAGAAUUGGUUAACUGUUGAAUCUGGAGCAAAAUUAGAAAAUCCAAAGGCUGACUCUGAUCUCAAGAGAAUUCUAGACCAAAUACUGUUUGAAAAUCAUGAAAAAGAACUUGAAGUUAUUCUAAAAGUCAGUCCAAAGACUUAUCUUGAAACUAAAAUGACGAGGUUUGAAGGUGUUCCUUUCAUUGAACAUGGUAGUCUAAGUUAUGGUCACUUCUAUAGGUCAAUUUCACCUAAACUGAAUGACUCAUUUUUAGUUAAGAUUUUGUUAAUAAACGAAACUGUACAAAAAAUUGAUUUAAAAUCUAUUAGACUACAAUCAUUAUUUGUAUUUUUUACUGAAAAAAAUUUGAUGCCUGUUUUAAUUUGUAUCAAGAAGCAUACUCAUGGCAGCGGAAAUGGAAUGUAUGAAUGGUUUAAACAAAAAGAACUGAGUGGAACUGAAUGGGAAAGAUUAGAUUUUGAUGCGGAUCCUGUGAAAGACAGGGUAGAAAUAGAAAAUCAAAUUAAAAGCCUCCAUGAAACUAGCAUUUUUGGUCCUGAUACAGUAAAGAGUCCAUUAUUUUGGUUCACAGUCGUCUUAGGACUAGUGAUUGCUGUUAUCUUUGGAAUAUUAUUCAGCAGAAAGUUAGUUAACUUAAUGAGAAGGGCGGUUGUUUAUAUAAGAGGAUUAUUUGGUUAG